UCACUCCCACCCCAAGGCCCACAGACGGCGUGGAUGUUUACUUCGGCAUGCCCGGGGAAAUCAGCGAGCAUGAGGGGUUCCUGCGGGCCAAGAUGGACCUGGAGGAGCGGAGGAUGCGCCAGAUUAAUGAGGUGAUGCGUGAAUGGGCCAUGGCGGACAACCAGUCCAAGAACCUGCCUAAAGCUGACAGACAGGCACUCAAUGAGCACUUCCAGUCCAUUCUGCAGACCCUGGAGGAGCAGGUGUCUGGUGAGCGACAGCGCCUGGUGGAGACCCACGCCACCCGAGUCAUCGCCCUUAUCAACGACCAGCGCCGGGCCGCCCUGGAGGGCUUCCUGGCAGCACUGCAGGGGGAUCCUCCUCAGGCGGAGCGCGUGCUGCUGGCCCUGCGGCGCUACCUGCGUGCGGAGCAGAAGGAGCAGAGACACACACUGCGCCACUACCAGCACGUGGCUGCCGUGGACCCCGAGAAAGCCCAGCAGAUGCGCUUCCAGGUGCAGACUCACCUUCGGGUGAUUGAGGAGAGGAUGAACCAGAGCCUGGGACUCCUUGACCAGAACCCUCAGCUGGCUCAGGAGCUGCGGCCCCAGAUCCAGGAACUCCUCCACUCAGAACGCCUGGGUCCCAGCGAAUUGGAAGCCCCUGCCCCUGGGGGCAGCAGUGAGGACAAGAGUGGGCUGCUGCCUCCAGAUUCCAAGGACGCAGACACCCCCAUGACCCUUCCAAAAGGGUCCACAGAACAAGAGGCUGCAUCCCCUGGGAAAGAGAAGCCAUCCCUGUUGGAGCAGUAUGAGCAAAAGGUGAAUGUGACUAUUCCAAGGGGUUUUCCCUUCCACUCAUCGGAGAUUCAAAGAGAUGAGCUGGCACCCGCGGGGACCGGCGUGUCCCGUGAGGCCGUGUCCGGCCUGCUGAUCAUGGGGGCAGGCGGGGGGUCCCUGAUUGUCCUCUCCCUGCUGCUCCUACGCAAGAAGAAGCCCCAUGGGGCCAUCAGCCACGGAGUGGUAGAGGUGGACCCCAUGCUGACCCUGGAGGAGCAGCAGCUCCGUGAACUGCAGCGGCAUGGCUACGAGAACCCCACCUACCGCUUCCUGGAGGAACGACCCUGAACCCGCCCUCUUCACACCCUCAGCUGAGCCCGGACCCCCCUCUUCCUGGAGCCCCGGAACCCUGACUCCCAGCCUAGAGUGGGAAGAGGGGUCUUGAAAAGUUCAUUUCAUACCCUUUGUGAGGGGCUGGAAAUUAUUUCCCCUUUCCAAUUCCAUCUCCACCCCUAAGAAAUCCCCAGGUGUUCCCAGCUGCCUCCCCACUGGGAACCUCCUCACUUUAAUUUAUUUUGUAAGUUAAUUUAUUGCACCUUAAGGUGACCACCUCCUUGGUCCCAGUGUCUGUUGUUCCUUGAAAUUCACCCUCCCACGUCUCCCCACUAACAUCCCAAUAAAGUCCUCUUACCCACCAGGCUGUCCUGUGUCUGCAUCACAGCCCAGCUGGUGUCCAUCUGU